AUGGAGGCCGCGAGCAGCUCGCCUGAUGAUCCUCAAAAGGAGGAGAGGCCUCCAAAGCCAAAUCUCUGCCGGUUGCUGCUGAAGCAGCUGGAGGACAAGUUCCUAGCCAUUGGCCGCCGUACAGAGAAGCCAAGGUCAACACAGCAGGAUGAAGACGCUCAUCAGCUUGUUGAGGCGGAGUACAGGCCGAAGUCCUUCCUGCGGCGGCGCGCCCCUGAUGAGAUUGAGACCGCGGUGACCCAGCUGGAUCAGGGAGCUUUGACCAUGGCGAAGAGGAGUUUCACCAGCAACUUGGAUCUGACGGAAUUUGCAGAGGCAAUUGUCAGCACUGGCACCUAUGACGCGGACCGAAUCUUGGCUUUCGUCAGUGGAGUCGUUGAUCUCUACUUGGAGGUCUUUCGUUCACAGGGUGAGCGGGCGUCCGAGCGCGCGGUGAACUGGGCGCAGUUGAUGAACCACUUCAUCGAGUCUCCGGAGAUUGUCAUGUUCGAGGGAAGCGAGGUCUCAUCCGCAAUGGGUCCGAAGAGCGUGGCUGGUGCGGAGAAUUUGGCGCAGGUCCGACGAAGCAACGUUGUUGACUGUGCCAAACACAUGGGCUCCUUCAUCCACAAGAUCAAUUGGAUGGCGUCCCUGGAGAUGCUUACUUCUGUGGAGGGCACGGAAUCGGUAUACUUCUGGUCGCCGUUUAUGGCUUGGGAAACAGCACGCGUGGUCACGCCCCAGUUGCCACCCGACUUCUACGACGAGAGGCAGAAGCCCCUCUGGACAGUUCAUGCCGUUGCCUGGGAUAACGACUCUCAGGACUUGGUGGCUUUGCUGAGCAAUCGCUUCCUGAUCUUCUGGCGCCUGCGAAACAGGGACAAGGGCCAGUUCCAGCAGAAGAAGGAGUUCCGUUUCCACGCCACGCGUCGGGAGGGCCGGAACUCAUCUGAGCACGAGAUCAGCCAAUGGAAGGUCCACCUGCGUACACUUGACCCGAAGAACGGGGACGAGCUGUUCCAGGACACCGCUGGAAAGGAGCCUUCGGAAGCAGGAGCAAGGCGUGACAAGCGCGAAGAGCGCUUCGCAGCAGAAGCAUCCCAGCAGUUGGACAUCUGGUGGAGCGCAAGCAUGAAGUGCUGGGUGACGGCUGACUACAACGGAAGGCUGCUGUUGUGGGAUCUUCGUGAACACAGCAUUGCUACCUCAAUUGCACCAACAAAGGUCCUGCAAGCUCACGCGAAAGUGAUCACCACUUUCUUGGAGCUUAGCACCUUCAAGUUCACCACUGGCAGCCUUGAUCGGUCUGUGUGUCUCUGGGACCAUCGCAACCUAUCUGGGCCAGAGGUGAAGUUGGAGGAGCACACGGGUUCAAUCCGCUCACAAGCGUAUUUGCCCCUGUUCUCCAGUCUGGUGACGGUGGGCUGUGAAAAACGUGUCUUUGUGUGGUCGAUUGACUCGACUGCCUAUCGCGGGGUUCGCGCGAAGCUCUCUGCGCACCAGUCCAACCUCUUGGAGGUCUCUGCUGGUCAAAGGGUCUUCGUGACCUUGGAUGAGGCCUGCAUCUUUAUCCUCUGGGACGGUGCUACCUUAGCAGCGCUGCAGACGACAAACUGCUUUACGCUGGCACCUCGCCACGUCGUGGUCAUGCCUUCGCAGAGAGCCCAGACGGCAUGA